AUGAGGAUAGUAAGGAGCGUAGCUAUCGCAAUAGCCUGUCAUUGUAUAACAGCGUUAGCAAACCCUCAAAUCCCUUUUGACGGCAACUACACCGAGAUCAUCGUGCCAGAUACCGAAGUUAACAUCGGACAGAUUGUAGAUAUUAACCACGAAAUAAAACCCAAACUGGUGGAACUGGUCAACACAGACUUCUUCAAAUAUUACAAAUUAAACCUAUGGAAACCAUGUCCGUUUUGGAAUGGUGAUGAGGGAUUCUGCAAGUAUAAGGAUUGCUCUGUCGACUUUAUCACUGAUUGGUCUCAGGUGCCUGAUAUCUGGCAACCAGACCAAUUGGGUAAGCUUGGAGAUAACACGGUACAUAAGGAUAAGGGCCAAGAUGAAAAUGAGCUGUCCUCAAAUGAUUAUUGCGCUUUGGAUAAAGACGACGAUGAAGAUUUAGUAUAUGUCAAUUUGAUUGAUAACCCUGAAAGAUUCACCGGUUAUGGUGGUCAGCAAUCUGAAUCUAUUUGGACUGCGGUCUAUGAUGAGAACUGUUUCCAGCCGAAUGAAGGAUCACAAUUGGGUCAAGUUGAAGACCUCUGUUUGGAGAAACAGAUCUUUUACCGAUUGGUUUCUGGUUUGCAUUCUAGUAUCUCCACCCACCUCACAAACGAAUAUCUGAAUUUGAAAAAUGGAGCAUACGAACCAAAUUUGAAACAGUUCAUGAUCAAAGUUGGGUAUUUUACUGAAAGAAUUCAAAACUUACAUCUCAAUUAUGUCCUUGUAUUGAAGUCACUAAUAAAGCUACAAGAAUACAAUGUUAUCGACAAUCUACCUCUCGAUGACUCUUUGAAAGCUGGUCUUAGCGGUUUAAUAUCUCAAGGAGCACAGGGUAUUAACCAGAGCUCUGAUGAUUAUCUAUUUAACGAGAAGGUUCUUUUCCAAAAUGACCAAAAUGAUGAUUUGAAAAAUGAAUUCCGUGACAAAUUCCGCAACGUGACUAGAUUAAUGGAUUGUGUCCAUUGCGAGAGAUGCAAAUUAUGGGGAAAAUUGCAAACUACAGGGUACGGGACUGCAUUGAAGAUUCUAUUUGAUUUGAAGAAUCCUAAUGACUCCAUCAAUUUAAAGAGAGUUGAGUUAGUUGCUCUAGUCAACACAUUCCAUAGAUUGUCCAAAUCUGUUGAAAGCAUUGAAAACUUUGAAAAACUAUAUAAGAUUCAACCGCCAACGCAGGAUCGUGCAUCAGCGUCGUCCGAAUCCUUAGGCCUUUUCGAUAACGAAGAUGAACAAAAUCUCCUCAACUCGUUUUCGGUUGAUCAGGCAGUCAUUUCAUCGAAAGAGGCACCAGAAGAAAUCAAAAGCAAACCUGUUGGAAAAGCCGCAUAUAAACAAAACAGUUGUCCAUCAUUGGGUUCAAAAUCUAUCAAAGAAGCAUUCCAUGAAGAACUUCACGCAUUUAUUGAUGCAAUUGGAUUUAUAUUGAACUCUUACAGGACUUUGCCCAAGCUGUUGUACACACUUUUCCUCGUUAAAUCAUCUGAAUUAUGGGACAUUUUCAUUGGCACUCAAAGGCACCGAGAUACCACAUAUAGAGUAGACUUGUAA